UAGUCCGCAGAAAACGUUUAUAAGGAACUGCUAAAAAUGUUGUCAAGUUAAUGUACAUGUACUUUUGGUGCUACCACCAUCACACCAAUACAUCAUAAGUGUUAACAUACUCAAAAAAAAAAGUUAAUAUUCUAAGGAUUGUUAUUUAAUCGUCGACACAAUGAAACAAUACAAGUUUUACAUAUUGCCGCUGGUCUUUUUGCUUUUAAAAAGUUAUCACGAGGUGAAUGCGAAAUGCAGCUACAGCAAACCAAUCGUCCAAACUGAGUACGGUCAAUUGCUCGGGACGUACAACGCAUCAAGAUCGAAUCGGCCGUUUUACAGCUUUAGGGGAAUCCCCUACGCGAUGCCACCGAUCGGAGAACUUAGGUUUAAGGAACCAAAGCCAAAUCAACCUUGGGAUGGACUUUACGACGCAACAAAAGAUGGGAAUAUUUGCAAGCAAAAGAACUAUUUAUUUAGCACAAAUCCCCCGAUCGAAGGAUCUGAGGAUUGUUUGUAUUUGAACGUUUAUACACCAAAGGAAAUCUGUAAUCUGACACCAAAAACGAAACUCUUUCCCGUUAUGGUUUUCAUACACUAUGGUGGAUAUUUCUCUGGAUCGUCGCACAGCAGUUUAAUAGGACCAGAAUUUUUUAUGGAUAAAGAUGUCGUACUUGUUACAUUCAACUACCGUUUGGGGAUAUUCGGAUUUUAUUCAUCUUUGGACGACGAAGCUCCUGGUAACUGGGGUUUUAAGGAUCAGGUCGCAGCUUUGCGCUGGGUGCAAAAGAACAUUGCGUCCUUUGGAGGCGAUCCUAAAUCUGUCACAAUCUUUGGUCAAAGUGCCGGAGCCGCAUCGGUACACCAUCACAUUUUGAGUCCUUCCUCCCAAGGUUUAUUCCACAGAGGCAUUUCUGAAAGUGGAAGUGCUCUUUCGAUCUGGGCUCGACCUGCGAACGAUUUUGCAGCAAUAAUCUUCAGGGCUUCUGCGCAGGUAGCGCAGUGCGAUCACACGGCCGAUAGCAAAACCAUCAUUGAAUGCAUGAGAAAUGUUGAUGCUGAUAGUAUGGUCCAAAUAGCGGAUACUUUUAGAUAUUUUUCGAUUGAACCGGUUACUGUCUAUACGAUUGUUAACGAAAAUAAAACUGAAAGAAAUCCAGAACCAUUUAUAGUUGAAGAUCCUCUGUUGAUUAUUACUAAAGGAAAUUUCGCAAAGGUUCCUUGGAUUGUUGGCGUAAAUUCAGAUGAAGGAAUUCUUAGAACAAGUCCUUUAUUGAGACAGAGCGACACGUAUAUGCAACUAAAACAGAACUUUGAUACACUAUGCCAAAAAAUACUUUUAUUAGAUGUUAGUUUAACUAAUGGAACCACGGAGGAACUUUGGCAACAGUAUAAGAAGUAUUAUAUGAAUGGCAAAGACAUUGAUAUCAAUGAUCCAAAAACAGUGCAAGGUUUUACCAAUCUGUAUUCGGAUCGUUCGUUCAUUCAUGGUUCAUAUCAAUCUGCUCUCAUUCAUUCUUACCUUGGACAUUCACCCAUUUGGUUCUACAACUUCGAUUACAAAGGAAGCCUUUCGUACGGAGAUGUAUUUGCUGCAACCAAGGAGAACAUCAACUUUGAUUGGGGAACUAGUCAUUGUGAUGAACUGAUAUACCUCUUCAACUCACCAGCGCUGUUCCCAAAAUUAAAUGCAAAAGAUCGCAUGAUGAGCAAGACGCUCAUUAAAAUAUGGACGGAUUUUGCAUCUCACAGCGAACCAACGCCCAUCGCAAAUGUGAGCAAAUUUGAACGACAAGGCUGGGAAUCGAUUCCGAACAUCACAGGAACGUUUCCAAUCGAAAAUCACUUCUUGCAUUACCUCAAUAUUAAAGGAUCGAAAUCUAGUUUAACACACAAAACCAUGCAAUUGGAGAUGCGCAACGACUUCCUGAACAACAGGAUGGCUUUCUUAAAUUCGUUGAGUUUAAAAGAAAACAUACCUGGUUUUAAUUAAA